AUGUUCUCCUGGGGGGAGGAGUGCCGCCGCGGCUUCAGGCUCUCAGAUGGUUCCUAUGAGUCCGGUUCAGCCCAUCUGGACCUGGACUUCACCAUCACAGACCUGUCUGCGGGUCCGACCACCGUCUGCUUUGUCAAAAAGAACCAGAAGGCGUUUAUUAUCAGCUCCAGUGAGGACAGCAAAGGAAGAAGAGUCCGAGGAAAACAGAAGUGUGUGGAAACUAAAGAGAAGAUCCGGGCUGUGAGCUGCUCUGAUCAGGUGGUUUUACUGCUGUCCAAGAGGGGACAUGUCCUCAGUGUGGACACAACCAGACCUGCUUCCACCCCACGGCCCAUCACAGCGUUCAGUCGUACACCGGUAUCUCAGGUCGCCUGUGGAAGUCAACAUUCAGUGGCUCUGACCAAAGAUGGUCAGGUGUACACGUGGGGUGUGGACUCCAGAGGUCAGCUGGGUCUGGGCAAGAAGACACCCGUGGUUCAUUCACCUGAACAGGUCAGAGGUUUGUGUUCCGUCCCUGUGGUCGAGAUCACUGCAGGAGGAGAGCAGAGCUUCGGCCUCUCUGUGUCUGGAAGUGUGUUCAGCUGGGGCAGAAACCACCGGGGCCAGCUGGGACUGGGAGACACCGAAGACAGACACACACCGACCCAUGUUCAUUCCUUGGACAUGAAGAAGACUGUUCACGUCUCCUGUGGAGAGGACCACACGGCUGUGCUGACCAAAGAUGGUGCAGUGUUCACGUUUGGUUCGGGUCAACAUGGACAACUUGGGCACAACUCAUUCAGAGAUGAACUACGACCUCGGCUUGUCGCAGAGUUCUGGGGGUCAAAGGUCACCCAGGUUGCAUGUGGACGACACCACACUUUAGCUCUGACAGAGUCAAAGAAGAUCUACUCGUUCGGGUGUGGAGAGCAAGGGCAGCUGGGACGUGGAAAGAAGAAUCAUCGAGCUGUACCACUGCCUGUCCAGCUGCCACCCGGCCAUGUUGAUGGGUCCAACAUUAGAAACAUCUUCGCCGGAGGAAACUGUUCUUUUGCAACAUGUUCAUCUGAGGACGACAAUGAAGAGUCAAACAGUGCCACUGUGACCCAGCUGACUGUAGAUGACAUGGUUAAUAAAUGGACCUCUGAAUGUGAUUCUAACUCAUGGAAAAACACCAAACAUGAAAUCCAAAGGACGUUUUCCUCUGCAUCCACUGUGAAUAAAAGCUUCCUCGAUCGAAGCAGAGAUAAACACUUCCAGACCUCGUCAAAGUUCUGUGGUUUGGACUUCACAGCUGUUCAGAGAGCUUUCACCAAACUACUGCAGAAAGACCAGGUUUUAACUCAGGUUGAAGCCACCAUCAUUCACUUGCUUCCCACUCUGAAUCCAGCCCCAGUGGGAGUGGAGGGCUUGAGGAUCUACCUGCUCCUCAAUGAGCUUCUGCAUGUGGUCCAGGAACACAAGCAGAGCUCAAAGCUGGCUGAGGCGGUUGCUGCUGCCGUCCACAGACUGUCAGCUGACAGCCUCCGGGUCUUAGGGGACUGGUGGUCGUCUCUGUCAGACUCCAUCAGGGUUAGACAUGUGGAGGUGUGGAAGAAGGCUCUGUCAGUGCUCAUGUCCCCUGAGACUUUUCGUCCAGACUCUGCAGUCAAAAAUAUGCUACAAGUCCUCCAGUACAUGUACAAUGCUAACAACAGGACUGUGGAUGCUCAAAGAAUCCCAGAAAGUGUUUUUCAACUGUCGAUCAGCGGUGAGGUUAUUGCCAUGUACAUAUAUCCGGGGCGUUUAAGGUUCCUUGAGCCCCCUGUCAUCUUUAGCUUCCCAUUUCUGAUGAAUCUGCAAACCAAGAAAAAGGUGUUGGACAUCACUUUUACAGCCAUCAAGAAAGAAAGAAUACCUUUACCCUGUCAGCUUCAAAUUAUGGCGAAUGGAUGGGAUGGUGAGCUGCCUGCAGAUGUGAAAUUAGUACUGAAGCUGCGCCGAACAUCUGUCUUGGACGACACAUUCAAACAACUGGCCAACACUUAUGACAAUGACUUUAAGAAGCAGCUUCUGGUUUAUUACAAUGAAAACCUCAAAUUUAGUGGUGUGAACAACCAAGACUUUUUCCACCAAGUGUUUCAUGAGAUGAUGUCACCUGAGUCUGGGAUGUUCAUGUUCAACGACUCCAAAACGCUGGCAUGGUUUCCCUCCAGACCAACACAGGAGCACAGAAGAUACUUCCUGUUUGGAGUUCUGUGUGGAAUGGCUUUGUACAACCAAAGUAUCAUCCAUCUACCGUUUCCACUGGCUCUGUUUAAGAAGCUGCUGGAUGUAAAACCAUCACUGGACGAUUUGACAGAAUUCAGCCCAAGUGUUGGACAGUGUCUGAAGUCCAUCCUGGAGGAAUACAGCGAGGAAGCGAUAGAAAGCCUGGACAUUGAUUUUUUGAUCAACUGGGAUGGGACAGAUGUUAACCUCGAUCCAAGCACUCCUCAAAAACCUGUGACAGAUCAAAAUAAGAAGGAGUUUGUGGAUGCCUACAUUAAUUAUGCUUUCAAGGCAUCGGUGGAGAGGGUGUUUUGUGAGUUCAAGCGAGGCUUCUUCCAGGUGUGUGAUCCGGCUGUGGUGAAGCUUUUCCAGCCGGACCAGCUUCAGAGAGUUCUGGUGGGAACAGAGGUCAAUGACUGGACAAAACUGAAGCAGAGCACAGUUUAUAAAGGACAGUACAGCACCAACCAUCCCACCAUUCUGAUGUUCUGGGAGGUGUUUGAUGAACUAACUGAGGAUCAGAAAACAGCUUUACUUCGAUUUGUGACAGGUUUUGAGAGAGUUCCCAUUCUCAAUACAGACAAUUUGAAGAUGACAGUGGGUGAGUUGUCAGACAAAGUCCAGAACCUGGACUAUGACCAGUACUACCCGAAAUCGUUUACAUGCUACUCUGCUUUGGAGUUGCCUCGAUACUCAACCAAGGAGAUCAUGAAGACCAAGCUAAUAGAGGCCUUCAGUCAAAUCGACCACUGACUGAGCACCGUGUUAGUGUUUUUAUGGAGGCACUGGAACAAAGCACUUUGGAAACGGAAAUCCUGCUGUUGUGACCAUAUAACACAAAUUCAUUUACUCCACAUGAUACUAGUGUACAUGCAGUUGAUGUCUAUCUGUACAAUGUGUAAAAAUCACAUGUAUCUUAAAUAAGUUACUUAACUCUUAAGUGUUAAAAAUACUGAGAGAAUAAAGAGUGGGAUUCAUUUAGACAUUUUGGACCAAAGUCAAAUGUUGCAAGAAAAAAACUUUGUAAAUUGUUUUUUGUCCUCGUAUUACAUGAAUGACUGUUCAUGUUACAUUUAUGUUGUUAAAUCACAAUCAUCUGCACAUGUUAAAUGAAACAAAUUAAAUAUAAAUGAGGUGCAGGUAACAAGUUGUAGUUUUUUUCUACAACAAAUUUUCUACAUGAUUUUUAAAAUCUGAUUGAUGAAACUUUAUGUAUUGAAUGCACUUUUCGGGUAAAACACUGUUGCCCAUAAAGUUGGAAUAAAACAUUAAUUUAUUAAUGUGAUUUAUUCUUCAUAUACAGAGUGUAACUUGGACUCGGUAUGUAAUCACUGGUGAUUACUGAUGUAUAUAAGUGGGAAUAAAAAGAGGAAUGAGUCUGAAAUCAGCAUUAUUCCAACGUUACAGUGUACAGUGUAUUUAUACUUGAGGAUAUUUACGUAUAUGAAGAAUAUUUAUGAAUGGAACUCAAAGUUGUAGCCACAUUUACUUUGCAAUUGACUUGUUUUGGCAAAUGAAUUAUAAUUAAUAAGUAAUUGUGGGUCACGACCAAAGCUUUGGCCUUGACUAUACCUCAUAACUCCUUCACCAAUGCAGACUGGUUUGUAAUUUCACAUUUUUAGGUGUUUCUUAAAAGGAAAAAUGACCUUUAACCCACUGAGUGAAAGAGGACAUUGGAGGAAAUUCUGGAAAAACCCUUUGAUUUAAUAAAACCUGUUCUACCUGUACAGUAAAUACAGAAAUACAAGUAGAACAUAACAGUUACACAGCAUCAAACUGGUGGAAAACCAAUAAAUAAGAAGAAUUAAGUUGAGGGUUUAAGAUAAUCUUACAUAUAGUGCAUGUAACUGUCUAAUAUAUGACAUUCAGUAUUAAUGGCAAAACCUGUGGAAUAAACAGAACAAAUUCAACCCUGGAAACCACACAAAUAAACUAAAGUAGAUCAGACCAGUUAAAUAAUAACAGAAUAACCUACAACUCCGAGUGUAAAAAAAGUAAAAUUGCAUGAAAAUGUUUAGAUUAGAUUAUCCCUCAGGAAAUUAAGGUUCCAGUUGGAGCACAACAGGGAAUGUACACUUAUAAGAAUAUUACAAGAAAAUUGUCAUAACAAUAAAAACAGCAGUGAAAAACACAGGCAGUUCCACAUUAGAAAGUACUAGUGGAAAUGAUAAAUAACAGGGAAGUAAUAAUGGAGUAGUAGUAAUAAUAAUAACUAAUUAUGUUAAAGUGAUAACAGUGACAGUAGUCGUAACAAGUGUAUAUAAGUGAUAAGUAAUAUAAGUAUGUAAAUAAGUAAUAGUAAUGAUAAUAAUAAAAUUAAUAAUAAUAAGCAAUAUGAAAAAUAAAUUGAGAACGACAACAAAAACAUUGCCCACUGGAUAUAUUUACCUUUAUAUUUACAAACUAUUCUAUAAAAAAAUGAAUAAUUAGAACAAAUAUGAACGACCUCUGAAAAGUAGAUCAUAAAUCAAGUGCACCUUCUUUGCUCAGUGUGAGUCUAAACCUGUGAUGACGUACAGGAGUUUGAUGAACUCCUUUAAAUGUGAUCGACUCACGUGUCCUCAUCAUGGCUGGUUUUCCCUCGAAGGCGUCAAAACUUAUUCAUACAGCCGACGCAUUUACAGGUGGGGGUGCACGAGAUAUCCGCCUGUACAAACACACAUCACAAACACUUGUAGAGGAUAAAAACAGUUCCAGUGUCCCUGUAUGUCAGUGUGAUGUUCUAUCUGGAUCAAUCCCUAGUUGAAUUUGUGAGGUUGUCAGGUUCUGUCUCUAUGUUAGAGUCCUGUGGUCUGGAUGCAGAUGAAUCUGCCAAUAGAAGUGGGCAGGACUUCCACUGGAGGAGAACUCAACUAAUUCAAUCAAAGUCCAUGACUUCUAUCAGUGUUCAAUAGGAACUGUAUUGAUAUCUGUAACCAUUUACAUAUUAUAAACCAUCAAAAUAUGGGCCAUUAGAAGGAAAGUAUAAGCUUUUAUAGUUAUGUUAUUGUACUGCUUUUUUCUUGUUUUUUUCUUGUGGUAAUUCUUGUGUGUAUCUUUGGUGUUUGUGCUACUUUUGGAACCUCAAUUUCCUGAGGGCUCUGUCCAAGGAUCAAUAAAGUUCUAUCUGAUCGAA